CUUUGUUUUAAAAUCUUUGUAUGUGAAAUAAAAUUCUCGUUACAACUUGUUUGAGGGUUUAAAAAUUCUACAUAAAUAACAGAUAUAGGAUUGUACAAAAGCUAAACGGUUGGUGAAGUAGGUAUUAUCAUCAUGGAUAAAAGAGAUUUACCAGCAGAAUUUUUCUCCAACAUGCCACCCUUUCCUUCUAGAAUGUUCAGGACCCCACAUGCUCAACAUAUGGACGGGGAUCAGAAUAAAGGAGAAGACGAUCACGCAAAAAGUAAUCUAAACAGCAAUUCUUUGGAUAGAAAAAAUGGCAUUGCCUAUUUAAAGGAAGAACUGCUGUUGACACAAAUAGGAUUUGAUAGAGGUUCAGCGAUUGACUGGGAAAAUUUUGUUUUACCUCCAAAAACAGACCUGCACGAGCUAUUGCACUAUAGAAUCACAAAUCACAUAAACCCUGACGUUCUUGUUAAAAUAGGAAACUACGAGUACCGAUGCCACCUUCUGGUGCUUCAAUGCUACUCUGAAUUCUUCACUGAAAAGACAAGAGUUGAAAUCCCUGAAUCGGCUGUCUCGAAGAAAGCUUUUGUUUACAUUUACGAAUGGAUGUUGGAUUUGAAAAAAGAUAGCUACACCGUUUUGAAACGAGACAACGUUUUGGAAAUACUGAUGGCUUCUCAAUUUCUGAAAAUCCAACAGCUUGAAGAACAAUGCUGGGCGUUUAUCAACAACGAAGAUUUGUUUUGUGAAGAUCAAGCAUUCAUGCUGUAUCUGGAGGCUCGUAAACUGAAGAACCCCACGAUUCUGCAACUCAUGGUUCCUCGGAUUCAGAGAUUUUUCCUCACUCUUGUAUCCAGUCAAGAUUUCCUUGAGUUGUACCCAGAUGAGGUAAUAAUCUUCCUCUCGUCAAACUACAUCUGCGUCCAUUGCGAGAUGGAGAUUUUCAUGUCUGCGAUUCGGUGGUUGAUGUUUGACUGGGACACAAGGCAGAAACAUCUUGCCGAGAUCAUGUCUUGCGUCAGAUUCAGCCUGAUUUCUCCAUGGCAGCUGGUAGACAUACAACGCAACCCGACCAACCCUGAGUUUCUUCUGGUCACCAAAGACCCAAUCGUAGCACAUAUGAUUGAGGAUGGGUUGGCGUUCGCAAUCUUCAAGUAUUGGAAUGGUAACGACUCUUCUGAGUUCAGUAGAUCCAUCGAAACUCUCCAUUUGAAAGAACCUAAUGAAAGAAAUUGGGCCGGAUCUUCAAACAUUAGCGACCAGAAGAAAUACACAACCUACAGAGAAUUCCUUCUGGAUCUUUCCAAGUACAGGCACAUGCACAUGUUGGCACUCAAGGCUAAUGAACAACAAGAUGGCAUGAAUGAGACACUUGAUGGUAAGAGAGUUCACAACCAAUAUAGCACAUCUGAACUGAUAAUGGCUGAACCGAGGGUUUGAACCGAUUUUACCUCUGACUGUAAAAUGAUUUAACUAUGUUUUCUGAAAUAUUAAAUUAUCGAAU